AUGUACGAAGAACAAACGGAUCCAUAUCUCAUUCAUUCCGAUGUAUUUUCAUCGACAGAAGAUAAACUGGUGAAAGAUACUCUUCAAUUUCUACUCGUAUCAAAGAACGACAAUGACAGUAUCGAAUUUGAUGAUGAUGGUGAUCUUAUAGAUGCAAACAUUUGCUUACUACUAUCAAUUCAUCGAAAUGAAACGAAUAUUGUUCAAUGUGGAUAUCAAUUGUGGAACGGUUGCUUACUUCUUUGUGACUAUCUGUUGACGAAUUUGAAUCGGUUUCGAAAUCGAAUUGUGCUAGAAUUGGGCGCUGGAGUUGGUCUGUGUACAGUUCUUGCUAGUCGAUUCGCAGCGAAGGUCAUUUCGACUGAUUAUGAUUCUGAUCUAUUGGAAAUUAUUCGAGAAAAUGUUCGACUUAACGAGGGUAUUUGCCGAAACGAAUGCGUUCAGAUCGAAAAAUUGAACUGGAAACAAUACGAUUGUGAUGCAAUCGAUAAUGAGAUCGAAAUCAUCAUCGCAGCUGAUGGUAUUUAUCAGUAA